AUGAUGAAUAGCAGUGUGACUGAAUUCAUUCUCCUUGGGCUGACACAGGAUCCAGUAAAGCAGAAGGCAGUAUUCGGGGUCUUCUUGAUCUUUUACCUUGCAACACUGUUGGGGAACUUUCUCAUUGUAGUGACUAUCAAAACAAGCAGGACCCUGGGGACUCCCAUGUACUUCUUCCUAUUCUAUCUGUCUUUUGCUGACACCUGCUUCUCUACAACCACAGCCCCUAGAUUGAUUGUGGAUGCCCUUUCUCACAAGAAGACCAUUUCUUACAAUGAGUGCAUGAUUCAGGUCUUUACAUUCCAUUUCUUUGGGUGCAUGGAAAUCUUGGUGCUCAUCCUCAUGGCUUUGGAUCGCUAUGUAGCCAUUUGUAAGCCCUUGCGAUACACAACCAUCAUGAACCGGCACGUCUGCAGCAUUUUGGUGAUUCUGGUCUGGGUGGCAUCUUGUAUCCACUCUUUGGCACAAAUUUUCCUGACUUUGAGAUUGCCUUUCUGUGGCCCCAACGUGAUUGACCACUAUUUCUGUGACUUGCAGCCCUUGUUGAAACUUGCCUGCAUGGACACUUAUGUGACAAAUUUGCUACUUGUUUCUAACAGUGGAACCAUAUGCACGGUGAGUUUCAUAAUCCUGCUUACCUCCUAUGUUGUUAUCUUGUACUCUCUGCGUAACCACAGUGCUGAAGGAAGGCGAAAAGCCCUUUCCACCUGCACCUCCCACUUUAUUGUGGUUGUCUUAUUUUUUGGUCCAUGCAUAUUCAUAUACACACGCCCCCCAGCUACAUUUCCAAUAGACAAAAUGGUGGCUGUGUUUUAUACAAUUGGGACGCCCCUGCUGAACCCUCUGAUCUAUACACUGAGGAAUAUGGAAGUGAAAAAAGCCAUGAAGAAAUUAUGGUGUAGCAAAGAAUGA